AACAAAAAAACCUAGUUUAGUGUCCGUGUCUCUUUGUUUAUAAGCUAACAUCAGCUGUCUCCUACAAAAUUCGUCGCCCAGUUUCUUCAUCAACUCAGCGGCUUGUAUCAUCUUUCUUCUCUGCUUAAGAAAGCUAUGGCUUACGCACCACCGAUGAAGCAAGGAAAGGCAGGAUUUGAGGAGACACAAGAGCAGAUUCACAAAAUCAGAAUCACUCUCUCCUCCAAGAACGUCAAAAACCUUGAGAAGGUGUGCACUGACUUGGUCCGUGGAGCUAAAGACAAGAGACUGAGAGUGAAAGGACCAGUGAGGAUGCCAACUAAAGUUCUCAAGAUUACCACAAGAAAAGCACCAUGUGGUGAAGGAACCAACACAUGGGACAGAUUUGAACUCCGUGUGCACAAGCGUGUGAUCGAUCUGUUCAGCUCACCUGAUGUUGUGAAGCAGAUCACUUCCAUCACCAUUGAGCCUGGUGUUGAGGUCGAGGUCACCAUUGCUGAUUCUUAGAUUGCAUGUUGUUUUAAUUUACAAUCUUGUCUUUGAAAUUCCAGCUACUUCUCUCUUUUUCUUUUUGUUCCAAGGUUCAAGACUUGCUGUUUUCUUUCUAAACAUGUUAUCCAUUUGGUUUAAGUUUUGUUGAACAUUUUAUUUUCUAGUUUUGUUGUUCUAAACCACUGAGGGCUUAAUACUAUUUAGAUUUGAAUUACAGUUUGUACCCACUCAGUUUCAUUGGUCAA